AACAGUAACCGUAUCGUAUCGCGCAGCUGAUAUUGUGAGUAGCAGUGAGUGUACAGUAGCAGCAGCAGCAGCAGAAGGCGGGGGCUGUGCCUGCAACAGCCACAGCGGACACACACACAGCUCGUACGCGGGAAUGACGCUUUGUUUGCCUCCUGCUCCUCGCUCUUGGACUGACAUCUCAAAUGUUGGACGCGCUGUGGCCGAUCCUUGUCAGAUCCUCUGUUGUUUGUGAGCUCCAUGGAAAUGGGACUGUCCGCUUCGACUAAAAUGGGAUUUUAAUGGUGCAAACAGCGGACGCUCUGUGCGUGUGCGCAGCCAGGGGACUGUACUAUUGGUGAUGUUUGCCCAGGAAUAAACACGGUGUAGCCGAAGGUGCUGACCAUCUCGUUUCCAUGGACAACACGUCCAUAAUAACACAGGUUGCAAAUCCGAAAGAGGAGGAGAGCAAUUCUUCAAGCCCAGACAAAGUGUCCCAGUCCAACACCAGUCUCAAGAAGCAUCGCAACCGGAGCAUCUUCAGCCCUUUCUUCUGCUGCUUCCGAAACUACAAUGACUAUCACGCCGACCCGCCCUCUGCCAACAACAAGAGCCUGCCCCUGCCCCCGCCCCCCGAUGAGAACGGCAGCCCGCCCAAGCCUCCAGCCAAGUUCUUGCUCCCUGAGGUCAGUAUAGGAGACUAUGGCAAGAACUGUGUGGUGAUCGACCUGGACGAGACCCUGGUGCACUCCUCCUUUAAGCCCAUCAGCAACGCAGACUUCAUUGUUCCCGUGGAGAUUGAUGGCACUGUUCAUCAGGUGUACGUUCUGAAGAGGCCUCACGUGGAUGAGUUUUUGCAGAAGAUGGGAGAGCUGUUUGAAUGUGUGCUCUUCACUGCUAGCUUAGCCAAGUAUGCUGAUCCUGUGGCUGACCUGCUGGACCAAUGGGGCGUGUUUCGAGCUCGCCUCUUCAGGGAAUCCUGUGUUUUCCAUCGAGGAAACUACGUCAAAGACCUCAGCCGCCUGGGCCGAGAGCUCAGCAAAGUCAUCAUCGUAGACAACUCACCUGCCUCGUACAUAUUCCACCCGGAGAAUGCCGUCCCGGUGCAGUCGUGGUUUGAUGACAUGACAGAUACAGAACUGCUGGACCUUAUACCACUUUUCGAGGGCCUAAGUAAAGAAGAGGACGUUUAUAGUUCAUUACAGAGUCUGAGGAACAGGUAGCAAACAGACAACGAACUUCCUUAAGCGGACGUUUUGAAUCUCCAAGUCUGAAGACGCUUGUACAGGACUUCCAUUGCAAAUAAGAUUAUAUUACUUACUGUAUGUAAAGUAUAUGUUUAUAAGUACUUUUCUAACACAGGAAGUUUUACAAUACUAGUAACCAAGAUUAUUUUAGUUACCAAAAAUAAUCAGUCUCACAUCUCUUUGUUUUGCUUUUGUCAGUUUUUUGUGUUGAGCAGUGCUAUGCAGGCUGGUGUUUCCUGUCCAAUCUUUAGGUUCAAAUAACUGUGAUUUUUCCUUUUACAGAAAAAAGUGCCUUCAUUACUGAGCUGAUUUGAAUGGGGUGCACAUUUUGUAUGCUGUAAUCUACAAAAAAGAUAUAUUCUCGUCAAUCUACACAAAAUGGACAAUACAAAACUGUCUUUUUAAUAUUAGUGAAUUGACUAAAAAGGUUUACGAUUCAAUGUGGUUUGUGACUGGCUACGUUAUUGUAAAUCCUUAAAGAUGUUUAAAAAUGAAACAAUUAAAUGUGAUGAAAUUACUGUCUGACAAAAAUGUCAAGAGAAAAGUAUAUUUACUAGUUUAGGUUAUAUGAUAUUCUAUUUAUUGGGGUAAAGGGUGUAAAAGAAUGCUGUCAAAGUUGUACUGUACAACAUGAUUAAAGUUGCAAUUUUGCACACUG